CACCUAUUGUUCCAACCGCCAAGAAGUGAUAUCUUUAACAUAAGUGAACAAAUUGAUGAAUACAAGAUGAGUCUCGAAUUCACCACUCUCGAUGUUUUCACCACCACCGCCUUUGAGGGCAAUCCUUUAGCGGUGGUGACGAUACCCCCACCAAGCCAACAAGCACCCCUCACCCAAUCCCAAAAGCAACGAAUUGCCUGCGAGUUCAACCUCUCCGAGACAGUCUUUGUUCAUGAUGUUGAGAAUCGCGACGAUACAGAUGAGAGAAAGAUUGAUAUCUUUACCACAAAGUUCGAAUUGCCAUUCGCGGGGCAUCCGACCAUCGGCACGGCUAUUUUUCUUCAGCCGCAGGGCGUAAAGACCAUGAUUGCAAAGGCGGGCAGAAUUGACCUUGAGUUCGAAAACGGUUCUGCGCGUGCUUUAAUUCCUCACGAUGUUAGACUUCAUAAGGAGCGCGUGCCAAAGCAUGCCGUUGAAGCUGGUUGGGAUGAGAAAUUGGCAAAAGUCGCUGCUGCUGAUGAGGGCGCGCCACUGUUCAGCAUCGUUAACGGGAUGACUUUCGCCCUCGUGGAACUCCCAACAUUGGAGCUGCUCGGCGCUGCCAAGGUCGGAGCCAUGAGUUACAUUGACGGCGACCUGCAGGAUGACGGCUGGAAACACGACUUUGACUCGAGGCGCUAUUACUACACGCUCCUCAACGGCGACGCAUCAUCUGAUGGAAAAUAUGUGCAGAACCUCCGCACAAGACUUGUGAAGCGUGAUAUGGAGGAUCCUGCAACUGGAAGUGCCGCGUGUGCGUUGUCGUGUUACUUGGCGUUGCACAAGCUUUCUGCGACUUCGAUCAGGUUCAAUAUCACCCAGGGUGUUGAGAUGGGCCGCGAGAGUCUUAUCGUAGUGGAUGUUGAAGUCAAGACGAGUGAAGCUGGAGAGAGAAAUAUUAAGACUGUUCAUCUUAGUGGGAAGGCAGUCGAGGUCAUGAAGGGCACUGUUAGAGUGCCUCAGUGAAGACAAUCAUAGUGGCUAUUCUUUCGACUACGACAUGUGUAGUUUAGCAAUUGAGCUCCUGUAUCCUUGAAUCUUACUCAAUCGUUUGCUAGUGGGGCCUCAUACUGACGCUGAAGUUUGUGAGCAAACGUCAAGGAGGCCGCACCAUCUGGGCUACUGAUUUCAACAACAUUCAACACCGCAAUAUUGAAACUCAUAAGGAACAAUCUCACAUACAAAUCGCAAAC